CUCUGAUUGACCUCGCAUACAGUAAAUGCACAUCAUUUUUAUACACACUUUUAAUUCAAGUGUGUGGAAAUAAUAAAUGGAAAAUUUACAUUUUGGUAACUUGAUCAAAAUUUACACCAAGUUAGAAAGUAAGAGAAUCAGCUGUGUUUUCCACAUCGUUCGUUAAGCGUACUUAGUCUACAAAUACAAUAUACAUCAUAAGAUGGUGGCCAUUUUGAUCGUAAGUUAAAACAGUGUUGGUUUUAAGAUUAAGUAUUUAUAAACAUUAAACGGAAUUUCUACAAAAGUGAAAUUUUUGUCUGUCAGCUACAGUUUGAGAAGAAGUGUUAAUUUUAUGUACUUCUAAAUGAUAAUAUUACGCAUGUCACGGUUUACAAUCUUAAUGUGUAGAAAAACUCGUUUUUUAUUUUGGAUUUUGCAAUGAGCUUACAGAAAGGGAAAUACCAUAAUUCUCCAAACAUAAAUAUCCAACAUCAAACCUCUAGAGGAGCAUACAGCAAUAUUCAUAUUUGUGGGCCUGCACCUCAACAGUUUGGAAGAACAGAAGAAUAUAGAGCACAGGUUCCUUAUCUACAACAACAUCAAGGGCUUCACCAGAUUUCUUCUGGGGUAGCACAACAAGUAUCAAGUGGGGCUCCCCAUGACAUGAGUAAAUCUGGUCCCCUGCAAGGGCAGGGUGGACCACCUCCUACACUCCAAUACUUGUCAGGUUCAGGACAACACCAACCUCAAGCAGGUAUGCCAGCUCCUAUGACAGCAGAUAAUACAGGGCCACAACUUCAGCCAAGUGGUCUUCAUCAGCAUCAGGGACAUAUUCAUAGACAACAAGCAGGAAUAGGGCAAUUCUAUCAGUUACCUCAACAUAUACCAAACAUGCCAAGGUCUACCAUUAACCAGAUGAAUGCUACACCCUUGACUGCUCACAGUCCAGCAACACAGUUUCAACAUCAGCUUGGUCUUGUAUACCAGCAGGGUCAUUCUUUUCCUGGGCAAAUCCCACCACAGACAUCAGUGCUCUUGCAAGGAGGUGUACAUCCAUCUUAUCAUAGGCUUCAACCCUAUAGUACAACAUCUCAAUAUAAUGCACCACCAGCACAACAAACAAUGUUUAUGACACCAGCAACACAACCCUAUGCUUACAGUCAGCAACCUCAACAACAAAUGUAUUUUCCUCUGGGUCACACAAACUUGGCUACUGUGCCAAGUACAUUGUCACCAAUGAUCCAUAGUGGUGCUGGAACAACAGAGAGAAGAGAGAAAAAAAUCCUUCAAGUUGUUGAUCCAAAAACUGGUCAUGACAUAAUGCAAGAUAUUAUAAGCCCUUCAUCUUCAAAGGAAAAUGACACACCAGUGAAUGAAAUAGCUGCUCAGUUUGCACUUCAAGUUGCUGCCCUCGCAACUUCUUCAAAAGAAGACUCUACACCCAAAGAAGAAAAUAUUAAUUCUCAAGAAACUCAAACACCAAUUUCAGUAUUUCAGAGGAAUUCAAGUAAUACAGAGAAAGUAAUAUCUGGAGUGAUAGAAAUGAAGUCACCAGCUACUAAUAUGGACAAUAACCAUGAGAUGCAUAUUCCUGUAGUUUGUCACACUGUUAAUGUAAGUGUUUUAAAUGGUAAUGAGAUCAUUGCAGAUACUUUUGGAACAACCUCCGAAGUUGUCUCUUGUAAAGCAUAUGAAAAGCACGUAAAAGAAAAUUAUUUGGAAAACAUUACUGAGGUUUUGAACUUCCAAUCAAAAGUGAAUCCAGAAGAAUCAAAUAAGAACACGAGAUUGACUGAUGGGGUAGACAGAGCAUCAAUAAAUAUACAUGUAUCUGUAAAUCCUCCUUUACUUAAUAGAGAUGAUGGGCCAGAAACAUCUGUUGUUGAUAUUACUGACUGUGUGAGAGGAACUGAUUUUAUGCUUCUAGAUAAUACAACACCAAUUAUUGUGCCAUCAGGUGUGGAACCAAGUGAAAUUAGUGUAGAAGAACAAGGUAGAUAUAAAGAGGAAAAACAGGCAUUAGAUAUUUUUAAGCCUGAGGAAGAAAAUGUUAAAGUUAAUGAAAACAUUGAACUUCAACAGAAUGCUGAAAUGAACAAAGCAAACCUUUCUGAAGUUGGAAAAGAUA